CUCACGCAGUUCCUGCCCCGCACCAUCGUCCUGAAGAAGCCGCCCGGGGCUCAGCUGGGCUUCAACAUCCGGGGAGGAAAAGCCUCGCAGCUGGGGAUCUUCAUCUCUAAGGUGAUCCCUGACUCGGACGCACACAGAGCUGGGCUGCAGGAAGGGGACCAGGUGCUCUCGGUGAACGAUGUGGAUUUCCAGGACAUCGAGCACAGCAAGGCUGUGGAGAUCCUGAAGACAGCCCGUGAGAUCACCAUGCGUGUGCGUUACUUCCCCUACAAUUACCAGAGACAGAAGGAAAGAACCGUUCACUAG